AUGAGCUAUCCAAACCGUGACUACGCCUACUCGGGCGGAAUCCCCAUGGACGAGGUCUCCGCCGAGUCCCACGACCACCUCAACCCCGGCUACACCCAACCCCGACCCGUCAGCCGCCCAUACUCCCUCAGCGCCGAAUCCGACCCUUACCUCACCGAAGGUAACCCCCAGGGCACGCCCCCUACCCGGCCUAGACAUGGCCCCGCCAUACGCUCCAUACGGCGGCGAGGAGGACCGCUUCAGCUUUACCCCGGAGCGCCCGGACUCCUUCGCCGGCGACCCGGAGGAAAGCUGGGCAGCGCGCCAGCAGGAUCCCACCGACCACCAGCACUAUCAGCAGGGGAGCACUACGGCAACGGCCACGCCAACGGGCAGGCCAACGGCAACGGCAACGGCAACAACGCGGGCGGGCUGCGCCGGGCCAACACGCGCAAGAUCAAGCUGGUGCAGGGUUCCGUGCUCAGCGUCGACUACCCCGUGCCCAGCGCCGUCAAGAACUCGGUGCAGCCCAAGUACCGCGACGUCGAGGGCGUGCCCGAGGAGUUCCUCAACCUGCGCUACACGGCGGCCACGUGCGACCCCAACGAUUUCACGCUCAGCAACGGCUACAACCUCCGCCCGCGCUUGUAUAACCGCCACACGGAGCUGCUCGUCGCCAUCACCUACUACAACGAGAACAAGGUCCUGCUCGCCCGCACGCUGCACGGCGUGAUGCAGAACAUUCGCGACAUCGUCAACUUGAAGAAGUCCAAGUUCUGGAACGCCGGCGGGCCCGCGUGGCACAAGAUCGUCGUGUGCAUCAUCUUUGACGGCAUCGACAAGGUCGACAAGAACGUCUUCGACGUGCUCGCCACCAUUGGCGUGUACCAGGACGGCCUCUCCGUCACCCCGGACCACCAGCUCGUGCGUCCCAGCACCGGCGAAAAAGAGUCCCGCACGCUACCACCCGCUCAGUUCAUCUUUUGCCUCAAGCAGAAGAAUAGCAAAAAGAUCAACUCCCACCGCUGGCUCUUCAACGCCUUUGGCCGCAUCCUCAACCCCGAGGUCACCGUCCUCAUCGACGCCGGUACAAAACCGGGCCCGCGCUCCCUGCUCUCCAUCUGGGAGGCCUUCUACAACGACCGCAACCUCGGCGGCGCCUGCGGCGAGAUCCACGCUAUGCUGGGCCCGGGGAUUUCCAACAUCCUCGAUAAACCCCUGGAAAGCUGUUUCGGCUACGUCACCGUCCUACCGGGCGCCUUUUCCGCCUACCGCUUCCGCGCCAUCAUGGGACGGCCGUUGGAGCAGUACUUCCACGGCGACCACACGCUGUCCAAGAUUCUCGGGAAAAAGGGCGUGGACGGCAUGAACAUCUUCAAGAAGAACAUGUUCCUCGCCGAGGACCGCAUCCUCUGCUUCGAGCUCGUGGCCAAGGCCGGCCAGCGCUGGCACCUGAGCUACAUCAAGGCCGCCAAGGGCGAGACUGACGUCCCCGAGGGCGCCGCCGAAUUCCUGAGCCAGCGCCGGCGCUGGCUCAACGGCUCCUUUGCCGCGUCCCUCUACUCGUUGAUGCACUUUGGUCGCAUCUACCAAUCUAGCCACGGCAUCGUGCGACUCAUACUUUUGCAUAUUCAGCUCAUCUACAACGUGCUCAACGUCUUCUUUAGCUGGGUGUCCCUCGCCUCCUACUUCCUCACCACCACCAUCAUCAUGCAGCUCGUGGGUACGCCGGAUCCGGAGACCGGCUACCGCGCCUGGCCGUUUGGCAACACCGCUACACCCAUCAUCAACGUCAUUAUCCGCUGGUUCUACAUCAUCUUCAUCCUCAUCCAGUUUAUUCUCGCCCUAGGAAAUCGACCCAAGGGCUCGCAGUACACCUACGUCGCGUCCUUUGCCGUGUUCGGCAUCAUCCAGCUGUACAUUAUUAUCUUGUCCUUUUACUUGGUAUACCGUGCCCUCAGCAGCUCCGCCGGCGACAUCGACACCAGCUCCGGCGCCGCCUUCUUCCAGAGCUUCUUCGGCAGCGGCGUCACGGGCGUCAUCUUGCUCGCCGUCAUCACCAUCUACGGCCUCAACUACGUCGCCUCGUUCUUGUACAUGGAUCCCUGGCACAUGUUCCAUUCCUUCCCCAGUACAUGA